AUGCCAGUGAAGAAUAGAAACGCAUCCUCUGACUUUAUCCUCCUGGGACUUCUGGUAAACAAUAAAGCUACAGGGGUUGUCUUUGCAGGUAUUUUUGCUAUUUUUGCAGUGGCCGUAACUGCAAAUUUGGUCAUGAUAUUCUUGAUCAAAGUGGAUUCUCGCCUCCACACUCCCAUGUACUUUCUGCUCAGCCAGCUGUCCAUCAUGGACACCCUUUUCAUUUGCACCACUGUCCCAAAGCUCCUGGUGGACAUGGUUUCUAAAGAGAAGAAAAUUUCCUUUGUAGCCUGUGGCAUCCAGAUCUUUCUCUACUUGACCAUGAUUGGCUCAGAGUUCUUCCUACUGGGCCUCAUGGCCUAUGACCGCUACGUGGCCGUCUGCAACCCACUUAGGUACCCAGUCCUGAUGAACCGCAGAGUGUGUCUUCUUCUGGCUGCUGGUGCCUGGUUUGGUGGAUCCCUGGAUGGCUUUCUGCUCACCCCUGUCACCAUGACUUUCCCCUACUGUGGUUCCCGAAGUAUCAACCAUUUCUUCUGUGAGAUCCCUGCAGUUCUCAGAUUAGCCUGUGCUGACACAUCCUUGUAUGAAACCUUGAUGUAUAUCUGCUGUGUACUCAUGCUGCUCAUCCCUAUCUCUAUUAUCUCAACCUCCUACACCCUCAUCUUGUUAACCGUCCACCGCAUGCGCUCAGCUGAGGGCCGGAAAAAGGCCUUUACCACUUGUUCUUCACACUUGACUGUGGUCAGCAUUUUUUAUGGGGCUGCCUUCUACACCUAUGUGCUGCCCCAGUCAUUUCACACCCCUGAGCAGGACAAGGUGGUAUCAGCUUUCUAUACCAUGGUCACACCCAUGCUCAAUCCUCUCAUCUACAGCCUCAGAAAUAAGGAUGUCCUGGGGGCAUUUAAAAAAAUAUUUGUACAAUGCUUAUCUACUCGGAAAGUAUCAACCAGUGUUGCUUAG